ACAAUUCUGUCAUUCUAUGGAUAUGAUGACUCGAAAGUCAGCAAAUUGUUUUUAAUAAAAGGAAAGAUAUUGUAAUUAAUAAGUGAAUGAAGCAAUUAUUUAUAGUUAAUUAUUUGUAAAAUAAAACCAGAGCCAGCAUGCGUCUUGUGCUGUUACCAGUGGCACUGCUUCUGUGUGGUGCAUACACAAUAAAAGCAUAUGAGGACAGUACAUUGGAGGAUGAUGAUUUCGCAGAAUUUGAACAGUUUGAUCCUGAUGAAGACGGUCCAUUGAUAGAUUUCCAUGAAGUAGCCAAAGAUGAUAUACUGCGUACACCCAAAGAUAAUUUUGUGCCAGAUACUGAUAUAGAGGAUGAAAUACUGGUUGAGGAUGAAGAUAAUGAAUUUGAGCACUUCCAAGAUCCAGAGGAGUUUGAAGGAUUCCAGGACAAUGUGCCACGAGCAGCUGAAGCGCCAAAGAUUACAAUUUCGAAGGUUCCUAUAGUAAUGCGACCGCAAUGGGACGCAUACUGGUUGGAGGGCAUUCUGUGUUGUGCGCUGGCGGCGUACGCACUUGCGUAUGCGUUCGGACGCGCCAAGAACACAUCUAUUGCAGUCAACUUCUUGAAGUUGCAUAAACCAUUAUUAGAUGAUAAUUUUACAUUAGUUGGGGAGUCUGGCGCGGAUGUUGUAUCAGCGGAAGGUAGUGGGUGGCGACGGGAGGCAGAGCACUGUUUCACCAUGUGGUGCAGCGGCCGCCUCUGCUGCGAAGGCAUGCUACUAACACUCAAACUCAUCAAGCGUCAAGAUCUGGUGCACGUGGCACUAGGUGUGGUGAGACCCACGACAGACACGCUCCUUGUGAAGGUGGAACUCGGUAAAGACGACAGCGAUCCCUUCGUACUUUGCGUGGCGCAGAAGAAGAUUGCCAGCAAACUCGCCAAGGAGAUGCAGGAUCUGAGCGUGUUCUGCCCGGAGCGGCGGGCGGGCGACAAGCACGGGCUGCCGCCGUCGCUGGCCGUGCUGUCGGAGUGCGCGGAGGCGACCGGUGCGGUGCUCGACGCGCGCGUCACUGCGGCGCUCACGCAGUACGCCCGACAUCUGCAGUUUAUACACGUGUCCGACCGGUACGCCGGGCCCAAGCAGAUCGAAGAGACGGCUGUGACGAAGCCCCCCGAGACGGAGCGCGUGAUACUGGUGAGCCUGGCGCUCGGACCCGACGGCGGCGGCGACGAAGUCCGCCCCUUGUUACUACUCGUCUUCCAUUUACUUGAGAAGAUCAAGCGUUUGCGGUUGAGUAAAGAGGCGCUAGCGAAGUGUGAGAAGCGACGGCAAAAGGUGGCCGAGGCGUGGCUGCGUGGUGCUCACGCCGCUCGCCAGGAGCAAGCCGCACAGAGACGAGAGGAAAAGAGAAAGCAGGAGAAGGAACGCAUCCUAGCGGAGGACGACCCUGAAAAACAACGUCGCUGGGAACUCAAGGAACAAAAGCGCGAGAAAAAACGCAAAACUCCUAAAAUGAAGCAACUCAAAGUGAAAGCAAUGUGACCACCUAGAGAUUACUUCAGACAUCAAA